AUGGCUGCCAUCUUCGAAAACAUACCAAACGCUGUCGCUAAGUUCGGACUCGAUGGCUCGAUCCCGGAAUUUGCGGACGGAACCCUUUCAAGGCCCUUACGGGGCGCACAGUGCCACGUUUACAAACUCGUCUUCCGUGAUCGCACAACAUGGGCAGUGCGCGUCCCCAUCAAACUUUCCAUAAACUCGGCAAUCGAUGUCACGGCUGGAGAAAAUGAGAUCUUGAGACAACUAGAGGCCAGUGGUUUCUCUUGGUCCCCGAAGCUCAUUGGCGAAGAGUUGAACUUCCACAAUCCGGUCCAGUUCCCUUUUACCGUGUAUAACUGGAUUCCUGGCAAACAACUACAAUCGCAAUGCCUACUUGACUAUCUUACGCGCAUUAUCGACAACAGAGUCAUCCGCAUAUGCCGAGGUCAGCUAAAAGGCUUUCGGAUUAGAGAUUGCUUCUAUCACCGAAAUAUUUUAUCCCAAGUGGUAGACAUAAAACUUGAUAAUGAUCUAUACUUUAUGGGUCAUGGUGACAUCGCCGCUCCAAAUAUAAUAAUCGAUAGCAGCUUCAAUAUAUCGGGGAUUCUAGAUUGGAGUUUUGGAGCAUAUGAGCCUUUCCAGCUCGCUGCUGCACUGCCUCGUAUCUUCCGAGCUGAAACCCCGUUGAACCCCACCGUAAGAGAACAGGAUCGAAAAUGCUUUAUAAAUGCAUUACGGGCCGAGUUAAACCCAGAAAACCGGGAUAUUGUCCUGGGAUUGAUCCGAAUGUACUCUCAGCCUGACCUUGACUAUAGACAGCAAGUACUUGAGGCUGUAAUUAGUAAAGGUGCAUUUAAAUCUCUAAGUCAAAGCUUCCCGCUAAAGCCAGCGGUAGAUGUUGACCUUGAGAUCAGCCAAUUUUUACGGAGGAGGGUUGGGCAAAAGAGCGGGCUAACAAAGAAUGAGCUCCUCAUGUAUCUAUAG